AAAUAAAAUUUGACCUUGAUUUUGACCUAGUGACCUACUUUUACAUUUCUCAAGCUACAGCCUUCAAAUUUGGACCACAUGCAUAGUUUUGUGUACCGAAAUGAACUUUGACCUUAACAUUGACCUAGUGACCUACUUUCACAUUUUUAAGGUACAGGCUUCAAAGUUGGACCACAUGCAUAGUUUUGUAUUCCGAAAUAAAAUUUGACCUUGAUUUUGACCUAGUGACCUACUUUUACAUUUCUCAAGCUAUAGCCUUCAAAUUUGGACCACAUGCAAAGUUUUGUGUACCGAAAUGAACUUUGACCUUUACAUUGACCUAGUGACCUAUUUUCACAUUUUUGAAGGUACAGGCUUCAAAUUUGGACCACAUGCAUAGUUUUGUAUUCCGAAAUAGAAUUUGACUUUGAUUUUGACCUAGUGACCUACUUUUACAUUUCUCAAGCUACAGCCUUGAAAUUUGGACCACUUGCAUAGUUGUGUGUACCGAAAUGAACUUUGACCUUAAGAUUGACCUAGUGACCUACUUUCACAUUUCUGUAGCUAUAGGUUUCAAAUUUAGACCAGAUGCAUAGGAUUGUGUACCGAAAGAAACUUUGACCUUGACAUUGACCUAGUGACCUACUUUCACAUUUCUCAAGCUACAGCUUUCGAAUUUGGACCACAUGCACAGUGUUGUGUAUGGAAAUGAAAUUUGACCUUGUGCUAGUCAGUAAGUCUUGAAAUUUGGAACACUCAAAAAUGGCACAUUGGUGGGUGCCAAGAUCACUCUGUGAUCUCUUGUUACAUAUGCGUUUGUUUAGUGGUAUUUUAUUUCAAACAGGUUCCAAAAAUUAAAGUCAAAAGAAUUAAACUUGAUGAAAGCAAAGAUGGAGUGAACAAGGAGCCAAAUGCCUUGCCCCCUACAUCAACAGGUACCAAGUCAUGUGAUGCAAACUCUGAAAAUAAAACUGAAGAAAAGUAUCAGAGAUCUGAUAUAUGUCAAACUUGUUGCAACAGAGAGAGCCAGCCUUUAUAUGAAUCGUCUUCAGAGGAACGACGAGAAGCCAUUGAGCGUUGUAUUUGUACAUUGGUACACAGUGUUUCAUGUAACGACCUUAAUUGUUUAUUUUCCGGCUGCCACAAGAUGAAACUAGUUGUUGCACAUACUAGAUCAUGUCGCAAGAAGCACACACAGUCUUGUCGUAUAUGUAAGCAACUUAUUGCGCUGUGCUAUUAUCAUGCGAAACAUUGUGCUGAACUAAUUUGCUCAGUGCCAUUUUGUCUGCAAAUUAAACACAAAUUGCAAGUUAUGCGUGAGCAAGAGGCGCGGCUGGUACGUCAAAGAAAAUUACAGCUUAGAAGAAGAUGUGGAUCUAUUUUCUAAACGGACUGUUGACUGUAAUUGGAGACUAGAGAAAGACUGUUUGUUGAUUAUGAUUUGAUACUGGAGAAAUGAAGCAUUAAGUAUAUUAUAAAUAGACUGUUAAGUCUUUUUACAUAUAUACUUAUAUAAUAUUUAUUUUAAAAUCUUGUUACAUCUAUGGAUAUAUUUUCUAUAUUGAUAACUUGUUGAAUUCGAAUAUUGCUUUCUAUAUGGGAAAAACAUUCUUUAAAAAAAUAAUUCUAUAUGUUGAAAUGGGAUUUUUCCACACAUAAAAUGCGGAACGAAACUAAUUUAGCUUAUUGUGUUUUACAAAAAAACAAAGCUGCUUUGGUUUUGGGAACUAUUCUGUUUGCAGUUGUAAACAAGUAAAGUAUUCGUACAAUUUGGCUCGUUUAAAAACUUUGGGCAUGCGAUAACUUUAUAAUGAUCCUUGUGACCUAUAUUUUCAUAGGUUGUUUUGAAUCAAAAUUGGUCAAUGCCUGACAAUAAGCAAAUUUAACAGAAAAUUAAACUGUAGAAAUCGUCUUUAGAUAAUUUGUGGUUCGGAUAAUUUAAUGUUCGAGAUGAUUUGAGAUACGAAUGAUUUGAGGUUUGAGCCUUUUAUUAGAGCUAACAUUGGUGUUUGUUUGAAAAAGUGAUCAAAUCAAAUAACUUUUUAGAGGGUUGGCCGACUAUAUCAAAUUAUCUAAAAUUAGUGUAUUUCCCUAAUAUGGUCAUAACGAAACAUACGCCUUUCACUGCAAACAUUAACAGACAGAGAGAGAGAGAGAGAGAGAGAGAGAGAGAGAUGUUAAUUGAUAACGAAACAACUACUUUGAAAUUCAUAUCCUUCAUUCUUCCUUCAUAUAAUGUGUAUUGAUAUCUUGAAGAUUAGCAAAAAUCUGUAUCGUAAUUUUUAACAUAGAGUAGAGUUCAUAUUUUGACAUAUACUAUGAUCUCAGCACUAGUUCAUCUAUUUCUAUAGGUAAUUCUACACGUUCUGAUCGAAAACAAUUCUACAAUGUACAACUAUCAACAAUUUGUUGUCAUGGUUUGAUUUUUAGCUCACCUGAGCACGAAGUGCUCAAAGGUGAGCUUUAGUGAUCGCCCUGUGUCCGUCGUCCGUCGUCCGUCCGUCGUCAACAAUUUGACUGUUAACACUCUAGAGGUCACAAUUUUGGCAUAAUCUUAAUGAAACUUGGUCAGAAUGUUACCCUCAUAAAAAUCUUGGACGAGUUUGAUAUUGGGUCAUCUGGGGUCAAAAACUAGGUCAUCAGGUCAAAUCAAAGGAAAAGCUUAUUAACACUCUAGAGGUCACAAUUUUGGCCCAAACUUAAUGAAACUUGUUCAGAAUGUUACCCUUAAUAAAAUCUUGGAUGAGUUUGAUAUUGGGUCAUCUGGGAUCAAAAACUAGGUCACCGGGUCAAAUCAAAGGAAAAGCUUGUUAACACUCUAGAGGUCACAAUUUUGGCCCAAUCUUAAUGAAACUUGGUCAGAAUGUUACCCUUAAUAAAAUCUUGGACGAAUUUGAUAUUGGGUCAUCUGGGGUCAAAAACUAGGUCACCAAGUUAAGUCAAAGGAAAAGCUUGUUAACACUGUAGAGGCCACAUUUAUGACUGUAUCUUCAUGAAACUUAGUCAGACUGUUACUCAUGAUAAUUUCAAAAUCCAGUUUGAAUCUGGGUCAUGUAGGUUUAAAAACUAGGUCACCAGGUCAAAUCAAAGGAAAAGCUAGUUAACACCCUAAGAGGCCACAUUGUUGACCAUAUCUUAAUGAAACUUGGUCAUAAUGUUAAUCUUGAUGAUCUAUAGGUCAUGUUUAAAUCUGGGUCAGGUGAGGUCGAAAACUAGGUCACUGGAUCAAAUCAAAGGAAAAGCUUGUUAACACUCUAGAGGCCACAUUUAUGACUAUAUCUUCAUGAAACUUAGUCAGAAUGUUAAUCUUGAUGAUCUUUAGGUCAAGUUCGAAUCUGGGUCAUGUGGGUUCAAAAACUAGGUCACCGGGUCAAAUCAAAGGAAAAGCUUUUUAACACUCUAGAGGCCACAUUUAUGACUGUAUCUUCAUGAAACUUAGUGAGAAUGUUAAUCUUGAUGAUCUUUAGGUCAAGUUCGAAUCUGAGUCAUAUGGGGUCAAAAACUAGAUCACCAGGUCAAAUCAAAGGAAAAGUUAGUAAAACAUUAGAGACCACAUUUAUGACCAUAUCUUAAUGAAACUAUCUUGAUGAUCUUUAGGUCAGUAGGCCAGGUGAGCGAUAGAGGGCCCUCAUGGCCAUCUUGUUUAAAGAAAGUUACAAAGCUGUUGUUAUAAAUGUACGGACCUGAUUGAAAUUUAUACGCAGGAUGCAUUUUUAGCUCACCUGUCACAAAGUGACAAGGUGAGCUUUUGUGAUCGCGUGGCGUCCGUCGUCCGUCGUCCGUCCGUCCGGGCCAACGUCCUGGGGUCUAUGAGCUUCAUUCCGUCCAUGUUUUAUAUGAAAUUAGAAGAAAACCACCUAAUUUAUGUGGAAAUUAGCCCCUAAAGAUCAAAGAAAAUGCCACAUAAACGUCCGUCCGUCCGUCCGUGCGUGCGUGCGCCCGUCCGUCCGUAAACUUUUGCUUGUGACUACUCCAGAGGUCACAUUUUUCAUGGGAUCUUUAUGAAAGUUGGUCAGAAUGUUUAUCUUGAUGAUAUCUAGGUCAGUUUUGAAACUGGGUCACGUGCGGUUGAAAACUAGGUCAGUAGGUCUAAAAAUAGAAAAACUUUGUGACCUCUCUAGAGGCUGUACUUUUCAAUGGAUCUUCAUGAAAAUUUGUCAGAAUGUUCAUCUUGAUGCUAUCUAGGUCAAUUUUGAAACUGGGUCACGUGCCUUUAAAAACUGAGUCAGUAGGUCAAAUAAUAGAAAAACCUUGUGACCUCUCUAGAGGCCAUAUUUUUCAUGGGAUCUGUAUGAAAGUUGAUCAGGAUGUUCAUCUUAAUGAUAUUUAGGUCAAGUUCGAAACUGGGUCAACUGCGGUCAAAAACUAGGUCAGUAGGUCUAAAAAUAGAAAAACCUUGUAACCUCUCUAGAGGCCAUACUUUUCAAUGGAUCUUCAUGAAAGUUGGUCAGAACGUUCACCUUGAUGAUGUCUAGUUCAAGUUUGAAACUGGGUUACGUGCCAUCAAAAACUAGGUCAGUAGGUCAAAUAAUAAAAAAAACCUUGUGACCUCUCUAGAGGCCAGAUUUUUCAUGGGAUCUGUAUGAAAGUUGGUCUGAUUAUUUAUCUUGAUGAUAUCUAGGUCAAAUUCGAAACUGGGUCAACUGCGGUCAAAAACUAGGACAGUAGGUCUAAAAAUAGAAAAACCUUUUGACCACUCUAGAGGCCAUAUGUUUCAAUGGAUCUUCAUGAAAAUUUGUCUGAAUGUUCACCUUGAUGAUAUCUAGAUAAAGUUUGAAACUGGGUCACGUGUGGUCAAAACUAGUAGGUAUAAAAAUAGAAAAACCUUGUGACCUCUCUAGAGGCCACACUUUUCAUGAGAUCUUCAUGGAAAUUGGUGAGAAUGUUCAUCUUGAUAAUAUCUAGGUCAAGUUCAAAACUGGGUCAUGUGCCUUCAAAAACUAGGUCAUUAGGUCAAAUAAUAGAAAAACCUUGUGACCUUUCUAGAAGCCAUAUUUUUAAAUGGAUCUUCAUGAAAAUUGGGUCAUGUGGAGACAGGUGAGCGAUUCAGAACCAUCAUGGUCCUCUUGUUUUUUCUGUCAGAUGUCACGAAAAAGUUAUAUUCUUUCCCUAGAAGUGCGUAACGUUUGCGGCAGAUUUGUUUAUUUCCGUAGAUGUCACUAUACUUGCUGCAUAGCGACUAGCAGCAAGUUGCACUAAUUUUUGGACUUUUUAUUUUUGGGUUACAUGAUUGCUAUUGUCAUGGCUCAACGAAUUUAGUAACAAUUGGUAACGUUCUUUUUAAAUAAGUUCCUGGGUCCUUUUCAAAUAUGAAAAACAAAUCAUUGAAAACAGUUAUAGGACUGAUCGAUUCAAUUUGGAGGAAAUAAAGAUACUGAGUAUGUAUAAUAUAGGCAGAUCUAUCACUGAUAGAUUAUCUAGCACGGAUAGAUUACUUUUCCAUGGUACUGAAAUUCAUUGGACAGGAUUAAUGUUGACAAUGUUUACUUGCCAAUUAAUUUCAAUACAGGUUAUAACAGGCUAUUUCCCAGUAGGUUAAGCAAAGGUAAGCAAAUUUCCCGUACCCGUAGACAGUACCGCUAGCUGUUAUUUUUUACCAUACUGUUCAUGUCAAAACUGUAAAAUGGUGUUCUCGUUGGGAUAUUAAUAUUCGAAAAUUCAAACCGCGUUAAACACUUCUAAGCAACUUCAUGAUUUGUUUGCUGAGAAAUGAUAUGCCUAAUUCUAACAAAUAAAGGACUAAACAAAACUUAACAUCUCUCUAUAUUUGCUCAUUUAAACAUGAAUCUCUAUCAUCACUGCCAUGGUUACGUGCUCAUUCUAAAAUUAGACCGUGACAGAUAAUCAUAUUGUGUAAUCAUUGUAGUUUAAUAAAUUAUAAAUCAACGAAACUCUUCCGCUUUACCUAUUAUGAAUCAUAUCCACCUAUUCUAAAGACGAGGAAAGUAAACACGAAAUGCGGACAUCCGUUUCACAUAAAUUUGAAUUAAGUCUUGUUCAGUUUGGAUAAGAUUAAAUGUAAUUCCUUCGCCAGCAGUACCAUGAUGUCCGGUACGGCGUAAGAACGCUCGAGAACAUCGAAAAAAGUUUUCCAACAACGAAUAACGCUGUCGUUUGCAGCUUGUUGGGGUGUUCAAGAAUGUUAAGUUCAGCAUCUCCGACUUCGAUAUCUGAGAUGAAUCAGACAAUGAACGCUACGCUCCAGUCAGGUAUAAACUAUACGUCACCACCCAACACUAAAGAACAGGAGGAACAUAUCGCUAAAAUCGUCAUAAUAAUAGUGGCGUUAUGUUGCAGUAUUUUGCUUCUUGCAAUAUUUGUUCUCUGCUGUAAACGCAUAUUCCUAAUUAGACGGCGAGAACGAUAUAAACAAAGUUAUUGGUAUUCACCCGAAACACGAUCAAAGUCGAAAGUCAGUUUUUUAUUUGAAUCAGGCUCUAUCAUAGAAUUGGAUGAAAAAAUAGAUGCAAGAAGUGAUGAUUUAGACAUUAAUAGUUCAACCUCUCGUGUCUUGGUGCCAGAUGCCUCCAGUUAUACAGAUGAAAUAUUGCCAAAUGCCCAUUUAUCGACAUUUUUUCGAGGUAUUCCGACUAUGAAAAGCGACAAGAGCAGGCUUUCAAGCAAGGAGACGCAUAGAUCGUUACCAGAGCUUGAUAUCAUAGGCGAUAGUCCUGUUCACCGAGAAAACGAUAUUCCACACGCAGAACCAAGAGUAAUGAAAGUUAAACCUCUGCUUGCUCCAGACAAAAAGGACAAGAAAGAAGCUCCUGUGCAAACGUUAUCAGUUUUUGAAACUUUACAACAACACUUGGAUUGGAACAAAGUAUUCAAUUUCCUCGUCUAUACUAUAAAUCCAGCUACAUGGAAACUGUUCUUCGUUGAUCUGUUUGGUUAUGGACAGCAUUUACUCAGAAAAGGUAUGAGGAUUAAUUCGAUCAUUGAUCGGGUCGAGCUGAGUAACAAAGGAGCUACGGUUGCUUUGUAUUUUGCUUUGUUUGAAGAAUGGCUUAAACUUAUGGGUCCUGAGGCAAGUCCGAAGCAAAUUGAAAACGCCCUGGAAGAAAGAGGAGACAACGAUGCAUUGGAGAGGUUCAAAGAGUUUAUGAGUCCGCCAUUGAUGCGGAAGGAAUCGGAGCAGUCAAGAGUAGAGCAUCAUUUUCAAGAAAAUCUUCACUUAGCAUAUUCUAAUUUAGAUAUGCUUAAAUUCAACCCCAAACUAUCUGGUCAAUCCCCACUGAUGCAAGUAAUGGCGUUACAUAAUGUUAUCCACACACAGAGUUGCAAUGACGUCUGUGGGAGUCUCUCGCAAAGUCAAAAUGCAACCAGAGCCGUUAUCAAAGGCCUACCAGCCAGUCAAAGUAACCAAGAAUUUAUAGAAAAUGUGACGAUGGCUCUUAGUAAAGUGCCUAACGGUGGUACAGGUAAAUGCCCCAGCGAAAUAUCCAAUGGCAUUAGGGGUAAAGACACAGGGAAGACUUCUAUUUCCCUUUUACGUCUGAUGAUGAAGACGUCCCUUGUAAAUGUAGAAAAUUUGAUUCAAAUGCAUUGUCAGUGGUGAAAAGAAUAGGAAGUAAAAGAAAAGGCAUUUACAGAAGGUCUGCAUAUAGCUGCAAAGAGUUGGUGCAGUGGGAAAAGAUUUGCGAUGAUUUCAUCAUAGAAUUAAUCAAGAGAUUACUGCCGUCUGAAAGUCAGAUUCUAAAAUCUAAGGAGUACUGUUUGUUUCUCUAUCAUACUGUUACAACAAUAAUGAAAACAACUGGGGUUUCAGAAAAGGUAGUGCUUUCUGUAUUAUUGGAAGACUUCACUGAACUGCAUGAACACAAAACAAAGCGCGGACAUAUUACGUACAUAAUAGAUACAAGUGCCUGUGUUUUGACACUGGAUUGCGAGGAAUGUGAGAUUCUGAAACUGUAUGCCGAUUAUGCUCGUCCAAGAGUAAUUAGGAGAUUAGUAGAGGAAAACAGCGAGUACGUCACAAGCAAAUACCUGUUUAUCGACUAUGACGGUAAUCCAGUUGUAGAAAAGUCCUUCAGAAAUAACCAGAAUAAAGAGGCUAGGACAGAAGCCAUUAUGAAGAGUAUACCCAUAUAUGACGGUAUAGGCAAUAUACCGGCUGUUCAUUGUAGUCAGGAUGAGCAUUCAGUACAAAGUUUGCGCACAACAGAAAGUGUCGGUUCCCUAGAUUCUGACUCAAGGGAAACAUGGAUUUUAUCUCAAACUGCUGAAGCAAUUGACAGAACAGCAGUCCUGCCUAGUGGAAACAGUACAACCUUGAAAGAUUUUGAGUACAAAGCUGGUCAAAAUUUUCUUAAAAAUAUCACACCUAGUAAUUUAAAAGAUAUACUUGAAGUUUCCAACCCAGGAGAAUCACAGUCGUCAUGUGAUGAUGAAUAUGUACAGGCUAUUGCCUUUCCCAGUGACAGAGCAGAAACAAAUGUGGACUUAGUAUAUGCUAAAGGUGAAAUGAAGCAAGAUAUCUAUUCAGUAUCAAUUACUGAAGAAAAUGUUAAAUAUAAAACACCUGCUAUUGGUGACAAGGCUGAUGAUCUGCCUGAAAUGGACGUGAAAGUUGGAGACGUACAGUCUUUUAUUGACAAUAUAUCCGAACUACUGUCAAAUGAUAAAAUGUCUUAAAACAAGACAGAAAGAGGACUGUUCUUUACAAAUUUUAUAUCUCUCUGUUUUCGGCAUAUGACCUUUAUUAAGUCACAUGCACAAUUUUCAGAUUAAGUAUUUCAAUUUUUGUGGCUAACACAUGGAUAAACUUAAUUAUAUUAAAUGAAAGUACAGAAGAAGUGCAAAAUAAUACUUUGUAUCCGACCAGAUAGAGUCCCUAUACUGAAAGAUUGUCACAGAGAGCUAACUGGAAUACGAGGAUUGUUCAAAUAUGAAUGCAUCUAGAACGCUAUCACGCUCAAUAAUGCGAAAAUCACAAGGAAAUUAAGAUUAUUGGGUAGAUAAACAUGUUAGUUUUACAUUGAUACCACACCCAUUAAAAUCCGUUCACUUUAGCUGUGUCUAUCGCUCGCUUAACUUUGCCUUCUCGUGUAUACUAAUACAAAAAUGGUUGGAAGAAGGUCAGCGUACGCCGUUGAAAUAUGGUCCUUUAUUAAGAAUCGUUGUAUUCUUGGCAUAGGGUGUAAAGGCAUUUUUGAUGUAAUAUGUCUGUUUAUGGGCAUAAUGAAAUGUCUUUUUUCGGCAGUUAUCCGUUGGUUUAAGAAAUUCAAAUGUGGGUUAGUUUCAACAGAAGAUGCACCACAUGGCCGUCGGCCGAAAACAGCAACGAAUUCUGAAACGCCAUUGGAAAAUGUAAAAGAUCCGUGCUAGAUGGAUUCCCCAUUUAUUGACAGAUGAGCAGAAAAAGGCACGCGUGCAAUGCGCAAAAUUGUGCUUAAACAGUUUCCAAAUUACAAGGCACGGUCUUUCGCAAAUGUCAUCACUGGUGACGAGACAUGGGUUCACAUUUUUGAGCCCAAACGAAAGAUUCAGAACAAAAUAUGGGCAACAAAGUCUGGCAAAAGACUAUCAUUGCAAAGCGGACUAUAAGUGUCAAGAAGGUAAUGUAUGCCACAUUCUUUACAACUCAGGGUCCUGCCAUUCAGGUUGCUGUACCUAAAGGCAAAUCCGUAAAUGCGAAGUUUUACAAGACUAAAGUUCUUCGAAAACUGAAGAAAUAUUUCAAAUCGAAGACCCGCAACUGGUUUGGCCAAUGUCAGAUUGCUGCAUGACAAUGCGUCAUCGCACAAGGCUCUAUUUUACAAGACUUUCUAAAGCAGGAAAAGGUUUUUGUGCUCCCCCACCCUCGUUAUUCGCCUGACCUUGCCCUGUGUGACUUCUUUUUGUUCCCAAGGCUCAAAAAAUACCUUUCGUGUCGAAAAUUUGUGCAGAGCAAACAGCUCGGUUCUCCAGUGUCUUCAUAGUAUAGCUACAAAGGACUAUGAAAAUGCCUUCAAGGAUUGGAUAUGAAGACUGAAAGUUUGCAUAUCUGUUGGAGGUGAAUACUUCGAGGGGACCAAAUAAAAUUUUCAUCGAAAUCUAACAAGGAUACAUUUUUAUGUGCUUAGAUACAUUCAUAUUAGAACAAUCCUCGUAAGUCAUAGUUUGAGUUCAGCUAAUCCUGUAACGUACCUGACGGGCCACCUUGGGACUUCCUCUAUCAUCAAAAGUCGCCAUACCAUACGACCUAAACAAUGUCGUUGUUACUAUAACAACCCUACAAAACACAUGACAUGUGUGGGAAGUCUUGCGUAGUUAAAGUGCGUACAGUCGUCAGAGUAAUCUACAAAUCGUUAAAAGUAUGUCAAUGACUCCAGGUAAAAUAUGUAAAGGUAAAGAGGUAAAAGCCCAAACAGAAUAAUUUGACAAGAUAGGUGAAAGUCAGUUAACCUUGUACGUCUGAUGAUGCACAAGAUAAGACUCAACAGGUACAUCAUCAGUAAGUGAAAAGAACCAAAAAAAAGCAAGAGAAGAGGACAAAAUACUAACAGAAAUUCUGCAUGUAACUACAGAGAUCUUGUGCAGUUGGAAAAUUAGCGACGAAUUUAUAUGAGAUACGUAAAGCCUUUAUUUCAUAUCCAAUAGAUCAGACAUCACCAACUUUAUAUAACAUACUUUUCAAUUUACUAACUAUCCAUAGAAAAAUUAGCAUCGUGACCGGAAAGCCUCUGUCAUUGCAUAUCGCAUCAUGCAUGUCGACUUGAAAAUAAACGGCCAUCGAAAUGUUUAUAUUAAAAUUAUGACAAUUGUUUCUGAACGUAUCAUAGUACAGCAGAAACAUGGUUCUUCUAAAAUAUUUUAUCUGUGUCCCAUGUAGGAACUGCAGCUGUUGGAAUUUUGUUCAUGUUUGUGUUGAUAAAAUAAGAAUGAAAUAGUACGUAUAUAUUCAAAGAAUCAUAAUUAUACAAUAAAGAUAUUUUAAUAUUUUAACAUUUACAGUGUAUUUUAACCUAGGUAACCAUAGGUACAACCACACUCUUUCAGUCCCCUUUUUAGCAGAAUAGCAGUUUCAUAUACAUUCGAUUCUGGAUCGAAUGUCCUUUUGUGUCAAAAUGAAUUACAAACUAUGUUUCCAGAAGCACAAAAGCAGAUGCAUGUGUAAAUCGGAAUCAUAUUUUGUAUGCCAGUUUCUACGAUACUUUUGUGUUAGCUUCCAAAUGAAGGACUCUCAAGCGUUGAAAUAUAUAUAUCCAUGUUUCGUUAUUGUUAUUUAAUGACGCUUUAUUAUUCACAUCAUAAACUUUCUUUGUUUCACUAUUUUAUUGUAUGAUUGAUAUUUCUGUUCUUUAUUUUGUUAUUCUUGUUGUAAAAGUCCUAUUGUUGUAUGUAUAUUAUUGUUAUCCUAUGUUUCGAUAUUCCUAUUGUAAAAGUUGUGAUUUAAGUGGAUAUAUUUUUGAAUACAGAAUAGAACAGAACAUAUCUUCAAAGCAAUAAAUGUAUAAAUUAAAGAAACAAUUUUAAGUUUAGUACCCCGUGCAAAAUUCAUCGCGUCGAACGAUUGGAUAUCAAGUACUGCUAGCGCCAGUCUUCAAUGUAUUUUACAUAAACUGUUUGCAUAGUGAACGUCACAUUAUGUACCCGAAAGUUUAGAUGCACCGAACGAAUGUAUACGAUAUAUACAGUUUUCGAUAUUGGUGCAGAAACUUAAAGGCUUAUUUAACAGGUUAUAAAUUAGUACUGCCCAGAACUCAUUUAAUUACUUUGUUACGAUAUCAGUCACUAACAGUUGAAAGUACUUAAUGAAUUACAGAAACUUGCAUAUAAAUCUGAAGCAUUUCACUU